AUGUCCAAGAAUACUGUUUGUCCUCUCUCACCCGUGCGGGGUACUGUGAGACUUUGCCAAUGAGAUGGCGAUGGACCCUGCGAUGAUGUGUCUGAUGUGAGCAGCAACUCGGCCCAGCCCAGCCUUGGAAACAAUGGACGAACGACAGAAUGAUAAUGAGGACAAGGGGGCAGCUGAUGGCGACCACAUCAUGAUCAACGCACACGUGGGGGCGACCGUGGGAUUCUUUCAAAAGGAUGGCGAUGAAGCAUGCGGUGAUGUGUCUGAUGUGAGCAGCAACUCGGCCCAGCCCAGCCUUGGAAACAAUUUGCUGAACGAACGACAGAAUGACAAUGAGGACAAGGGGGCAGCUGAUGGCGACCACAUCAUGAUCAACGCACACGUGGGGGGGACCGUGAGAUUCUUUCAAGAGGAUGGCGAUGAAGCAUGCAGUAAUGUGUCUGAUGUGAGCAGCAACUCGGCCCAGCCCAGCCUUGGAACCAAUCUGCUGGACGACCAGCAGAAUGACAAUAAGGACAAGGGGGCAGCUGAUGGCGACCACAUCAUGAUCAGCGCACACGUGCGGGGGACUGUGAGACUCCUUCCACGGGAUGGCGAUGGACCAUGCGGUAAUGUGUCUGAUGUGAACAGCAACUCGUCCCAGCCGAGGCUUGCAACCAAUUUGAUGGAAGACAAAGAGAAUGACAAUAAGGACAAGGGGACAGCUGAUAGCGACCACAUCAAGAUCACAGCGUACAAGCAUGAGGACGAAGGACGACGAGCGUCAAUCAGCUCAAUCACAGCCGCCGCAACGACAGGGCAGACGAGCUUUGCAGUCAACGACAGCAACAAGGCGGACGAAAAGCGAGAAGAUACAGAAGAGGGCCGUGUGUUACGUCGCGAGAAGCGGGCGAGCGCUGCAUUGAUUCGUGAGUUCCGUGAGGCGGCUGGCUACAACGCUGCUUACGAGGAGUUUCCCACGACGCUCGAGUACAAGGCGUUGCAAUCUGAUGACAGCAAACGAGAGGUCCUGAUGGGUGCAUAUUUCAGCCCUGAACCAGUUUUAGUGACUGUCAGGCGAGCCAUGAAAGUCGUUGUGCUGCAGGUUGCGAUGGCGCUCGCUCUUACGGCCGUUAUCAUAAGUUACGCCCCCGCCCUGUGGCACACGUGUCAAUCAAGCGUAUUUGGUCCCGCAUUCGACAUCAUUCGUCGUACUGUGAGGGUUUUCCUGUUUGUGAUGGUCCUCUUGCAAACUACUGAUGGACAUCAUUUACAGAAGAUCAUCUCUCGGCUGAAGAAAUCCUGGCUCAUCCUUGCUGUCCCACUAGUGCUGAAUAUUGUGAUCGCUGUCGCUUAUUGGAGACACUGGAAUUGUCAAUGGAGAACACAUCUUAUCGGUCCUUUGCUGUGGUGCUGCUUACUCUUAUGCCCAUACUUGUAUUUCCGUCAUGCUGGUGGAUCGCUGGGUAUCAAGCGUAAACGGCUGUAUGCGAUCAAACUCGGCGCGGCAUGCACGUUGGGUGUUCUUUUGGACGCGGUCUCAUUUCAGCUGUUCUUUCCCCGUGCAGCCACUACAUACACCGACGGGAGCAAAAGUCAGCUGGCGCUCGUAUUCGUAGCGAUCGGGUGGUCAAUUUCCUCGCUGGUCAACAAACUUAUCAGAUCAAUCCGAGUACAUACAGCUAUAGCCCAGCUAGAAAACAAAAUGAGUAUCAUGAUUAGAUAUGCAUAUGUGCGUAUACUUGUUUGGUUGCAUAGGAAGGGCCGCCAACAUUCAAUGUUCAGCCGACAGCUAUCAUGGCGAUACCCAAUGUAAUAGCUCCUCGACUCCUCCAAUCCAAGAUGGCUACUUUUAGCACCAAACUCUUAUACUCCAUCUUGAUCUCACUGUAGGUUGGCUAUGGAGAAAAAAGAUUCUAAGACAACUGCUAAUGCCUUCUUUCUUUCUUACUUUUUCAUGCUUUCAGGUUAGAUAAACCCCUUCAUUACCGACAUCUUACUGCCAUACUGUGCGUCAGUUAGAUACAGACGACUGGAUUCCUUGAGUGCUUGCAUUCUACCUGUUCCCCUCUGCAUGCAGGGAUACUGUUCUAUAUUGCCGCUAG